GGUGCUCCGGCCAGUCGCUAGUUCACCUCCAGCAAGGAAAGGCCCUGAACUCGGUCCGGAAUAUUUGCAGAGAUACCAUGAGCCAGAGUCACCUUCAAACGGACCAGCUGCUCUUCGAGGAGAGGCCGCUCCAUGUGCCGCCCCUCUCGGAACUGAAAAGAGUUAUACAGGGUGCUCUGGAUGAGAACUUUCGAACCGUGGAUGUCAGUGUGGGAGCUUGUCCGGACUUGAGGGACUCCCAGUUCGGCCUGGUGGAGAGUGGACUGGGUGGAAAGGCCACUCUUCUGGAAGCAGGUGGUCCGCCCUACUUGCGGCCCUUGGUGCAGCGCGAUAAGCUCUACAAUCUGAAGGAGAUCACGCGGAAGGCCCAAGGAGCGGGAAAGAUCUUUGCAGUUGGACCGGGAGCAGGUCCGUGGCCCAUUCGCCACUCCAACUGCGAGGGGAUCUUCAAUUUCUCGCUCAACGAGGAGGAUGAACUCACCCAAGGCAGCUACACGGCCACUGUGCGGGGAGCGAAUGAGGAUUGUGUGCUCGAAAGGAUUCCCGAUGGCGAACCCCGUGCUGCCCUGAUCCUAAACCUCUUUCUCAGCGAGGGAAAGCCAGGUGAAGUGCUCAGAGUGACCGCGAAACAGCGAACUGGAGGGGAAAACUUUGUGGAAUGCAUUCGCAAGGGCCUGGAGAGGCACUACGGAGACCAGGUGGUGGGCCUGGGGGGAAUCUUCGUGGUGCGGAAGGGCUGUGUCCACCAACACGUGAUGCGGGACUUCAGCAAGACACCCAUUCACACCCAGGAGCAGAUCCAAAACUGGCUCAAGUUCUACGAAAUGCCCGCCCAGCUGAACGCAGUGGGCACCCUGGUGACCAAGGACAUGGGACUGGACCUCAGGCUGCAGCACUUCCACUCGUUCUCCUUCGAAAACUGGGGUGGGCACUACCACUACGACACCACCCCGGACACAGUGGAGUACGAGGCCUAUCUGAACGUGGCCGAAAGAGUCAUCCGGGUGGACAGACCAGUGGUGAGCGAUCAGUUGGGCCGAGACUGAUUCAUCUGUCCAUCGUUCCUGCCAAUAAUUGUGGCCAAAAAUAAACGUUUUCGAGAAAAUA